AUGGUUUACUGCCUCACUCGGUUUGGGAAUGUUUAUGUGCUCCACCUACCGGAACGCCGCCGCCGCGAACCCGUCAUCAUCGAGGACCAGACAUUAGCAGAGGAUCUUGUAACGCGUAACAGGCGCAUCAUUCAAAUGCACAAUGCCGGAUCGGACCUGAACGCGCCGGCUAGCAUGCAACCACUGCUCUUGUCUUCGGCGAGCAGUUUCACCCCACUGUACAUCGCUGUUUCGGAUUUGACGAGUGCCAAGAACCUGGUGUUCUGCAAUGGCAACCUGUACCAGAUCUGGAGGAAUGCUACUUGUACCGUCACUUUGCAUCUGGUGGGAGGCAGUCAUCGCCGUAUAGAGGAGGAUGAAAUAUUUGUUCUCAAGUAUAAUCCCCGACGCAGGCCUUGCUGGGACGCGGUGGCUGACUUAGGGGGAUACUCGGUGUUUGUUGGGAGGAGCAAUGCGGUGUCAAUGCAUGCCGAAGGUGUUCCAGGGCUCAAGGGUAACUGUGUCUACUGGAUAGGUGGGAGAGGUAGGGAUCAAGGCAUGGUAUUUGACAUGGGGACCGGGAAAUCUACACCUUGCCUUCCCUCUACGGCCGGUGUCGUUCCGGGGCCUCUACAGUGCACAUUCUGCUGGUACUUUCCGAGGGAGGUAGUGAAUAACUGCAAUACAAAUGAAUUAGGUGUUUAUGGGACCGGAGCAAGGGUUCGGGCUCAACGUUCACAAGACAUGUCACAAUGA